UUAUAAAACUUAAUCUAGAAGCAGUUAACGUCAGUCAGAGUAAAAACGAGACAGUGAGUAGAUUUUUGCUGAACUCGCAAAAUUGACUCGAAAAUUAUCGAUCUCGUUCAAUUAAAUAACUCAAAAUUUGAAUAGAAAUUAGAAAUACUAUUUUUUUAUUUAUAUUAAUUCGUUUAAAUAUAAAAUUUUAUAAUUAAAUUAAUAAAUAAAAGAUAAUUGGUUGUCUGGUACAAGUAUAUUUAGCCAAGUAAUGGGAAUCAAUGCAAUGAAACGAUCUGUGAUAUUUAUUGGUUUAGUUUUGUGUGUAAUUAGAUGUUCAGCUUCAACCACUUGCGAUGACACGGAGGAAGACCUUCAUUUCCCCCAUCCCACCGACUGCGCCAGAUAUUACCGAUGCGUUUACGGUCGAAAAGUUCUCAAAAUCUGCCCCGAAAAAAUGCUGUUCAACCCCGCCAUCGCCAAUUGCGACCUCUACUACAACGUUGACUGUAGAAACGAAAAUAAAAACAGCGAUGAAGAUUUUACCGAGGUGAUAGAAAACUUGACUAGGAAGAUACCAAGCAGAAUAUUCUCGACAUCCACGGAGAAAGGAGUGUCAAAUUCUGAAGAAAUAAUUUUAAAUAAUAGCGAUAGCAAUAUUAAAUUUGUUUAUUUACCUCAUGAGGAGGAUUCUAGUCGUUACUAUAAAUUCGAAUCGGGUGAAAAAUUUCUCAUGAAUUGCGAUGAAGGGAUGUAUUUCAAUUUUGAAUUAGAGAUUUGUAUCGAGUAUGAAUAGUGUGAGAUUUGAGAAAAAAAUGUGAUCUUUCUUGGGAAAAGAGUGAUAACAUUACCUAGAUUACUUUAUUAGAAUCUAUAUAGAUGUGCUCAUAUUGAAUACAUUCUACAUUAAAAUUUUCUGAAUGAAUUUAGCCAUAUAGUGAUCUAGCUGUUGACGAUUAGAAGAUGUAAAAUAUGUCGUAUGUUGAAAGGUCUUAUCAGACUUAUAAACAUUUAUAUAUUUUUUGUAUAAAAGAAACUCAUAAAUCUAUUAAAAAUACAUUUAUAAUAAAA